UAUUCCUUACUCUCAUAAGAGGAGUGGUACCAAAAUUUACUAACUCUCUUUUCAAAGCUCAAUAUCUUAUUUGGUGAAAUUUACGUGGGUUCAAAAACCAUUUUGAAAAUGGCCCCCCCAUAAAAAUAUGAGGUUUUUCAAGUUCGGAGUCUUUAGAUGUCCGGAGUCUUUUUCAAGUUAUGAAGCUCAUUGUGUGCCCAUGAUUGGUUGGUUGGAGGGUAAGGUUGCUAUUGUAACAGGGGCGGCAAGCGGAAUAGGAGCCGCGGCAGUGAAGACAUUCGUGGAAAACGGAGCAUUCGUAGUUAUAGCAGAUGUCAAUGACGAAUUGGGUCACCAAUUUGCAACUUCAAUUGGCUUAGACAAAGUGAGCUACCACCAUUGUGACGUGAGAGAUGAGAAACAAGUUGAGGAAACAGUAGCUUUCGCAUUGGAGAAAUAUGGCACCCUUGACAUCAUGUUCAGCAAUGCUGGAAUCACGGGUCCUUUGUCUAGCAUACUAGAAUUUAAUCUAAGUGAAUUUGACAACACCAUGGCCGUGAAUGUUCGUGGAUCAGCUGCAACUAUCAAGCACGCUGCACGCGUCAUGGUGGAAAGAAAAAUCCGCGGAUCCAUAAUUUGCACGGCCAGUAUAGCUGGCUCUAUUGCUGGAAGUGGUGGUCAUGAUUAUGUCACAUCCAAACAUGGUGUUAUAGGACUCGUUCGCUCAACGUGCGGUGAGCUUGGAGCUUAUGGAAUAAGAGUCAAUUCUAUCUCACCGUUUGUUAUUGCCACACCUCUUGCAUGUCAAUCACUGAACAUGGAGGUAAGUGAAAUUGAAGCUACAGGGAAUGAUUCUGCAGUUUUGAAAGGAAUAACAUUGAAGACUACUCAUAUUGCAGAAGCUGCUUUGUUUCUUGCAUCAGAUGAAUCAGCUUAUAUUAGUGGACACAACUUGGUGGUCGAUGGAGGUUUCUCUGUCAUUAAUAGUUGUGUUCCUAGUAUUACAAAAUAAGUCAUCCUACUUUGAAUAUAACCAAAAUAAGAUGUACUUGAUAUCUCCCAAAAAAAACACUGCCAACAAUAAUGUAGUUUUAAUUAUUAUUCUUUUCAAUUAAUGUACUAUCUAAUUAGUAUUAUGUACUCUCAAAUUAUUAUUCUAAACUAUUAAACAGGUCACUAAAUCCUUGCAAAGUA